CGACCAACGUUAAUUCAAAGUCGUCAACAUGGCCAGAGGACCCGGCACCGCCUGUCGGCACCUUCGCACUGGCUGCUCGACAAACUGUCGGGCGCCUACGCCCCCAAGGCCUCGCCCGGUCCCCACAAGCUCAGAGACUGCAUGCCUCUGAUCGUCUUCAUCCGUAACCGCCUGAAGUACGCCCUCAACGGCCGCGAGACCAAGGCCAUUGUUAUGCAGCGCCUCAUCAAGGUCGAUGGCAAGGUCCGCACCGACGCCACCUACCCCGCCGGCUUCAUGGACGUUAUCUCGAUCGAGAAGACUGGCGAGAACUUCCGCCUCGUCUACGACACCAAGGGCCGCUUCACCGUCCACCGCAUUACCGCUGAGGAGGCUGAGUACAAGCUCGGCAAGGUCAAGCGCGUCCAGCUUGGCAAGGGCGGCAUCCCAUACUUGGUUACGCAUGAUGCACGCACCCGUUGGAUCAAGAUUUGGCGAUACGGAAAAAAAUNNAUCCGCUACCCCGACCCCGCCAUCAAGGUCAACGACACCGUCAAGAUCGACCUUACCACUGGCAAGAUCUCCGACUUCAUCCGCUUCGACACUGGUGUUAUCGCCAUGGCCACCGGUGGUCGUAACAUGGGUCGUGUUGGUGUCAUCACUCACCGUGAGCGCCACGACGGUGGUUUCAACAUCGUCCACAUCAAGGAUGCCAUUGACAACGAGUUCGCUACCCGUGAGAGCAACGUCUUCGUCAUUGGCCGCGAGAAGCCUUGGAUCUCGCUCCCCAAGGGCAAGGGUGUCAAGGUUCGUAGAUGCAGACUCGGAAAGGCAUAUGAAACAAAUACUGACUCUGACUGCAGCNUCUCCAUUGCUGAGGAGCGUGACCGCCGCCGCGCCCACGCCAUCGCCGGCAAC